GCGCCAUGGCGCAGAAGGUUGCGAUCACGGGCGCAUUCAGCUAUUCAGGCCGCUACCUGGCCAAAUUGCUGUUGGACCAGGGGCACCACGUGGUGAAUUUGUCAAGCCGCCAGGCGCCCAUUGCCUCUGCCCCACUGAGCGCCUCCGAUGUCCGACGCGUCCAGUCCUUUCCGCUGGAUUUCUCCGACGAGCUGCGGUUGGGCAAAGCUUUGGAGGGCUGCUCCGUGCUUUGGUGUACUUACUGGAUUCGCUUCCAGCGCGAUGGAGACACCUUUGCGGCUGCCGCGCAGCGCUGUCAGAAAUUGUUUCAACUGGCCAAAGAAGCUGGGGUGCGACGGAUUGUGUAUACUUCCCAUACACAUGCCACUGUGGGUUCGCCUUUUCCCUACAUUUCGGGCAAAGCUCGGGCGGUGGCCGCGCUGAGGGAAUCAGGUGUGUCCUAUGCCGUAGCCCGGCCCUGUGGCAUUUUCGGCGAUUCCCCACGUGAGUCCAUCCUGAUGAACAACGCAGCAUGGGUCCUGCGACGUUCGCUGCUGUUUCUCCUGGCGGGCGAUGGGAUGCAACGCUUUCAGCCCAUCCAUGUGAGAGAUAUGGCGCAGCUGCUACUUGAUCUGGGACGCCUGGGAGAUGCCCGGCCUUGCAACGAGGAACGUGAUGCCUGCGGUCCCGAUGAUCCCACAGCGCUGGAGCUCUUCCGGCAUCUGGCCACGUCGGUGGGGGCCUGGAGCAGGGUCUCCGCGCCCGGGGUGCUCUCCACCAGG